GCUAAAGGAGAAGGACUGAGAGGAUGAAAGAAACGGCACAGAACCCAAAGCUGCGUUGGGAGAGAGAGAGGGAGAGAGAGAGAGAGAGCCAAAAAUUUUGAAGUUUGAGCUAUAAAACCAAAACCCAAUUCAGUGAAAGAGGAAAUUAACCAGAAGAGAUACAUAUAUUAAGAACUCAUAACACAGUUUCUGGGAUAGAGGGAGGGGAUAAUAAUAUGAGUAAAUGGUUGGGGUUUUCUCUGUCUCCACACCUGAGAAUCGAUGAAGGGUUUGGUAGAGAUGAACAAGGAGGUUUCUCUUCUCAUCAUGAUGUCUCUGUUAUGCCUUUGCGCUCUGAUGGAUCUCUUUGUUUUGUUGAUCCCUUUAGACGCUCCUCCAAUGCUUCUCAAGACUGGAGAUAUGAAAACUCCAUGGAUGGGACUAGUGCAAGUGAGGAGGGUCCAAAGCUUGAGGAUUUCUUAGGUUGUUACUCAAACUCUCCUUCUGAUGAGACCAAAGUUUACUGCCAGGAUGAUCAAACCCAAAACCACAGUAAUAGAAUCAAUGUUAAUGUAGCACCAAGCUUCAACACCGGUGGAGAUAUAGACACUAGAGACAAUCUCACAAAUCCACCUAAUUUAAUCCAAUCUUAUCAUCAUUACAAUGAGAACCCACAAACCCUAAUCCCUAGUGACAACCUCCAACACUUCGAUCCAAACCCAAGUCAUAGCCAUAACAAUAGCAUGUAUCGUUUACCGUUCGAGAAUGGUAGUUCAGUUUCUGGGUUCAAAUCUUGGCUAAGGCAGGCACCAUAUUGUAGCGAUAAAUCUUCAAGUGAAGCAAGCAAUUGCAAUUUUCAGCCAUUAUCGCUCACAAUGAGUCCGAGUUCUCAGAAUGCACUGGCUGCAGUUUCUCCAAUGCAAGUGUUUGAUAAUCGUAAAAGGCCUGUUGGAAAAUCUCUUGCAAGAGAGUCAAUUCCUCGUAAAUCUAUUGACACGUUCGGACAAAGAACAUCUCAAUAUAGAGGCGUCACGAGGCAUAGAUGGACUGGGAGAUAUGAGGCCCAUUUGUGGGACAAUAGCUGCAGAAAAGAAGGACAAACAAGAAAAGGAAGGCAAGUUUACCUUGGUGGCUAUGAUAAAGAAGAAAAAGCAGCAAGAGCUUAUGAUUUAGCUGCCUUGAAGUAUUGGGGACCAACAACCCAUAUAAAUUUCCCUUUAAGCACCUACGAGAAAGAACUUGAAGAGAUGAAGCACUUAACCAGGCAAGAAUUUGUAGCCAAUUUGAGAAGGAAAAGUAGUGGGUUUUCGAGAGGAGCUUCUGCGUAUAGGGGAGUGACAAGGCACCAUCAACAUGGAAGAUGGCAAGCUAGAAUAGGAAGGGUUGCUGGAAACAAGGACUUGUACCUCGGAACAUUUAGCACACAAGAAGAAGCUGCUGAGGCCUAUGAUAUUGCAGCUAUUAAAUUUAGGGGUACAAGCGCUGUUACCAACUUUGAUAUAAGUAGAUAUGAUGUGAAGAGAAUUUGCUCGAGUUCUACACUCAUUGCUGGUGACCUUGCCAAACGAUCGCCGAAAGACUUGGCUCCAGUGGCUCUUGAGGACGACAAUUCUUGUGCUUCAUCAACAUCUCCUCAACGCCUUCUUGCCGUGACGAGCGGUGAAGCCACUGAUGAAUUGGCUGAUAUGGUGUGGAAUAAAAAUGCAGAUGAAAAUCAACAGCAAAAGAGGGCUAACAAUGUGAACAAUGACGUAACAGCAUUGUUGGCUUCAAGUAGGAGGAACUCCUCUAAUCCAGUGAGUCCAAAAUGUUCAGUCGGUUUAGGCAGUGAGUUCGGCACCGGUGGUGGAGAUUACACUCAAGCUUACUCAUUGCAAGGUGCAAAGUAUGAAGAUGGCAAUAAUGCAAGUAAUGACAGGAUUGGAAGUUUGGGAUUGGUUCAUCAAGUCCCUAUGUUUGCAUUGUGGAAUGAGUAGAGGGAUGAGUAUUUCACAGAUGAUUUGAGUUUUAGAUUUGAGAAUUCAAGUUAAAAACUGUAGGGAAAAAGAAAAUUGGUAGAUAUAGGAGGGUAGCAAAUGUCACAGGGAAUUUGAAUUUGAGGAUUUAUCGCCAUUUGAAAUACAUAGUAACUAGAAGAUUAUGAGGUUAAUGUUGUUUGUGGAAGAAGGAUUGCAUGAAAAUGCAAGAUGAAAUGAAUUCAAAACUUUCGCAGUUUGAGCGAUGUUUA